AAUGAGUUGGUUAGAUAGAUUUCUCUUGACAACAGAAAUGAGCAUCAUGGUUGGUGAAUGGCAGCAGCGAGGCAUUAAAAGGUCUAUCUCUGAUCAUUGUGCCAUUAUUCUGAAGUCAAGAAAUGCAGACUGGGGUCCAAAACCAGUUCGGGUGUUAGAUGCAUGGCAACAACAUCCUGAUUUCAAAAAAUUGGUUGAGGAGAAGUGGAAUGAGAUGAAGGUGAUGGGGUAUGCUGGGUAUAGAAUAGCUAAUGGACGACAUGCUCAAAAUAACAUCACAAGUAUAUUGUGCAACGGUAGAUGGGUUGAGGAGCCGGAAAUGGUAAAGAAUGAGGUUGUUCAAUACUUUCGUGAUUUAUUUAGAUCCGACUCAUGGAGACGACCUAGGCUAGGGGGAAUACAAUUUAAACAGAUUUCUGGGGAGGAUAAGGUGUGGCUUAAGAGGCCAUUUUCGAUGGAGGAAAUUGAAGCUUUGAAGAAUUGUGAUGAGUUGAAAGCUCCAGGUCCAGAUGGAAUUUCACCAGAAUGGAAGCUUGGGAUUUGGUACCAAAUGGAAAGGAUGGAUUAUGGAAUGUUUGUCAACUGCAAGAGUUUCGAUUUAGUUAACGGUAGUCCAACAGAGGAAUUUGAGGCAGAGGAUGAGGGAUUGUUGCAUGGAGUGGAAAUUGGUCGAAGGGGAAUGACGGUGUCUUUGCUUCAGUUUGCUGAUGAUACAGUUUUUGCAGGUCGUGCGAAUAGUGAAAACAUAGGAAUGGGGCAGCCAGUGUUUUGGGUUAUGGAAUUGGAACUAUGCCUUUUAUUUAUUUGGGAAUGCCAAUUGGGGAGAAUCCGAGGAAUAAGAAGAUGUGGGAACCAGUUGUUAGCAGAUUUUGAGGUAAGCUUGCUGCCUAGAAGAAUGCUGCUUUGUCCUUUGGAGGCUGCAUCAUUUUGCUUAACUUGGGAUUUUUUAUGGGGAGGGGCUGAGCUUAGAAGGAAAAUUUCUUGGGUUAAAUGGGAUUUAGCAUGUUAUAGUAAGAAAGAGGGGGGCUUAGGAAUGCAUGAUCUAGGUAGGAGAUCUGCCAAGCUUAGGGUUAUGUUGGUGGAUGGAUUUAGGUGGGAGGUGGGGGAUGGUAAGCGGGUGGGUUUUUGGCGGGAGAAUUGGGUUGGGCACAAACCUUUAAGGGAUGUGUGCCCUAGAAUUUUUGCGCUGGCAGUGAAUAAGGAUGGUGGGGUGCAUCUAAGGGAGGGUAGGGAAGAUAAAUGGAAGUGGAAACAUGAUGGGGACGGGAUAUAUGUGGUUAAGAAGGCAUAUGAUUUUUCGAACCCAACUGGAAGAAUUCUGGAUGAACAAGAGUGGGGUGUUGCCGAAUACUUUGAGGGGAAUGGCUGAUAUGUUUAUGUUUGGGUUAGGGAGGAAUAUUAGAAGGGAGAUGCGUUCUUAUAUUUUCUUAUUGGUGUCUUGGCACCUUUGGUUUUGGAGGAAUAGAAUUGUUUUUCAAAAUGACAGGAAUUUUGGCUAGCAUGUGUUGGAUGCAGUGCAAGUUAAAUAAUUUGUUUGGCUUAAACAUAGGUUGUAGGGAUGUGUUUUUUAAUUUUAUGAUUGGCAAUCUAAUCCAGUUCAAUGUGCAUUGGCUGUGAGUGGGAAUAAAAGCUGUUUAAAACAGUUUCUGAAAAGUUUUCCCUUGCCCGGGUAAUUGGAGAGGGUGACUAGCCACACAUUUGAGGGAUUCACGGGUUGGACUAGAAGAUUUCUGAUUUUGUUUCUUUAAUGCUGUGGGUUUGGUUAGUUUCCUCAUUGUAUUGGCAUUUUAAUGUUGUAUAGGGGUUGGAGUACUCAUUGUAAUAAAAUUUUAUUUGCUUU